AUGGUUGCCCAGGAUGAUUUACCCGACUUUCCCACCCCAAUUGUCAUUGACGACAACCGAGGCCGCUCUAAAUGGACCGUUUCCAUCCCCAGAAACUACCAUUUCCCUCUUUCUAUGGAAGAUUACUCGGAAAUGAUGGGGCACUGUCGCGAGGCUGCCAUUCGCCAAACUUCCGAUUCUGAGACCACCAACAGCCAAGCACCACUGAAAAGUCGUGGCCGCAAUCACUUUGUUGAUGUUGCUGAGGCAGAAAAGACGCAUCUUCUCCCAUCAUCGGAUAUUUUGCCGUCCAAGCGUUUGCGUACUGGCAAUUUCGUUGGGCUGACAGAUGUUGACCAUCUGCCGGUCUGCCAGAGCUCCAUGACCUACGUUCUAGAAAGCACAAACGCCGGCAUUGGCCACGCCCUUAUGUCUAUGUGGACAUCAUACGGAAUUGCCCGGGAACUUGGAAAAUCAUUCUUCAUAGAUGACUCCCGCUGGGCUUACGGCUUGUAUACCGACAUCUUCCAAGCACCUCCUGUACCCAAGUGCCAGCCGGCCCUACGCCACCAGAUUUUGCCCUGCCCUGCUGAGGCCAGGCACCUGGUUGUCUCAAACACCAAUGCCAAAGAAAUUCUCUCUGCAUUAGUGAGCAAAAUUGAGUUGGAUCACAAGAUUGGUGAGACCCAGCAGCUCUUCAAUCUGGCCCGGGCUGGCUACUUGGCUAUGUUCAAGCUAAACAAGGGCGACGAAAGUUACACUGACAAGCGCAUUCACGAAAUCCUGAGCAAGGCCGAGGCUCAUGCGACAACGACCACCAGAUCCCCCGUUAUCGGCCUUCACAUUCGCCAUGGCGACAGACAUCCUCUAGAGUUCCAGUACAAGGAUACCUAUAUUCCUGCCGAGGUCUACUUGGGCAAGGUGCACAGACUCAUUGAUGAGCACUACAACGAGACUGCUGGCAUCGACUACGAAGGUGACCGCAACUCCGUCAUCAUGCUUGCAUCUGAUGAUCCCAAUACGUACCAGGAAGACGAACUGUCUAGCCUUGUACCCGCGCAGGAUCGAAUUCAGCUGGCUUCCAAGGAUAAUAUCGAGGACGCGAAUAACGAUCCGCGCGUGCUACAUCAUUUCGUCGAAGACACUUUCGGUUGGGAAGGCGGCUUUUAUGCUCCUAUUUUCUGGCACCUGGGUUCCGAGGCCAAGGAUAACUCUGCCAACGCACCGGCCGCGUCUCCCUAUCUGUCGGAAACCCAAGUUGUCUCCAAGAUGAGGCCGUCCCAGCAGACACUCAAACUCCGCAGCCUUCUCGGGCGCGCCUAUAUGAUGGACCUUGCCGUCCUUUCCGGAGCCGGUGACAAGGUUGUCUGCGCUGUCAGUGCUAUGGGCUGCAGAAUUCUUGGGGUCAUGAAGGGAUGGGACGGUAUCGAGGCCGGUACAUGGAUCAACGUGGACGGCAACCAUGGGUGGCGAGGCCUUGACCUCUAA